CCACCUCCCAUUGCGUCAGUUUGUUUGUACACACCCGCCCCUCCCGGCGGAUGGAUCAAAACCACACACGCUCAACUGAGCGGGAUAUUUCAUCAGCAGCCACGGCGACAACGCCUAUAAGACAUUAAAGGUCCUAAUCUGCUGCUGCAAAAUACUGUAACCACAGACCUGCCACUUCCUGUUGUGUGUGUGCUCGAGUAACUGUUGCCUAAGUCAUCGGACCUGCACUAAAGGACCAAUACUAAACAAGUACUUGGACCUAACCAUCUGCUCAAAGUACUUUUACUCUCCGACCAGUCACACGUGUUCUGUUUAAGCUGUGUCAAUCACACACACCCUCACUGUAAGGAUUAAAAACGCAAAGCCUGGUUCAGCGCCCACACACAGUCACAGCAAAUAUGGCAAACAAGCUGUCCAACUUUGGAAAAAUCCUGCUGCGUCGCCGGGCAUUAGACUGCUCUGGUGAAGAGACCAGAUUCGCCCGCUGCCUGUCCACCCUGGACCUCAUUGCUUUGGGGGUGGGCUCCACACUCGGCGCCGGUGUCUACAUCCUCGCCGGCGAGGUUGCCCGUGAAAAGGCAGGGCCUGCUAUUGUCCUCUGCUUCCUCAUCGCUGCGCUGUCCUCCAUGUUGGCCGGCCUGUGCUACGCUGAAUUUGGAGCCCGUGUCCCCAAAACAGGUUCUGCAUACCUUUACAGCUAUGUGACAGUUGGAGAAAUCUGGGCCUUCAUCACAGGCUGGAACCUAAUCCUCUCCUAUGUAAUAGGUACGGCCAGUGUGGCCAGGGCGUGGAGCUCAACGUUUGACAGCUUAGUUGAGCAAAAGAUCUCUGACUUCUUUAAAGCCUCCAUGACAAUGCAGGUGCCAGGGCAUGUUCUGGCAGACUACCCCGACCUGUUCGCCCUCAUCCUGGUCCUGCUGCUCACUGGACUUCUGGCCUUUGGUGUGAACGAGUCGGCGCUGGUGAAUAAGAUCUUCACCGGCAUCAAUCUGGUGGUUCUGGGCUUCGUUAUCAUCUCUGGCUUUGUUAAGGGGGACACAGCCAACUGGAACCUGACAAAAGAAGACUAUGAAAGCUUCAUAAACGGCACCAACGGCAGCAGCCUUGACAAAGUCGAGGAGGAAUUUGGCGUGGGUGGCUUUGCUCCAUUUGGCCUGACUGGAAUCCUGUCUGGUGCUGCCACCUGCUUCUACGCCUUUGUGGGCUUUGACUGCAUCGCCACAACAAGUGAAGAAGCAAAGAACCCAAUGCGUUCCAUACCUGUUGGCAUUGUCGCCUCGCUGCUGAUCUGUUUUUUCGCCUAUUUUGGUGUGUCUGCUGCUCUAACCCUCAUGAUGCCAUACUACCAGCUGAACUCCCAGAGUCCUCUGCCUGAGGCCUUCAGCCACGUCGGCUGGGCUCCUGCCAGAUAUAUCGUGGCUGUGGGCUCUCUCUGCGCUCUGUCCACCAGUCUCCUAGGCUCUAUGUUCCCCAUGCCCCGUGUAAUCUACGCCAUGGCAGAGGAUGGGCUGCUGUUCCGUAUUCUGUCCAGGAUCGACACUCGCACAAAGACUCCUCUCCUGGCUACCAUCGCUUCUGGCGUUGUUGCAGCGCUGAUGGCAUUCCUGUUCGACCUGGCAGCUCUGGUUGACCUCAUGUCCAUUGGAACUCUGUUGGCGUACUCUUUAGUGGCCAUCUGUGUCCUCAUCCUCAGGUACCAGCCAGGCAGCCUGAGUUCGCCGAGCCAGAUGGAGAAGCUGGUGGAGCUGGUGGAAGGGGAGAAGGUUGCCGUCAGUGGAGGGGACAGUGGUGACGAGUACGGCAUGGAGAGGCCGCUCCGAGAGGCCUUCACUGCCAAGCUGCUCUUCUGCCCAAGUGGAAAGACCCCAACGCAGACCUCUGGGAAUAUUGUCUACGCCACCACUGCUAUUAUUUCGGUUUUUAUCACUGUACUGUGCAUCAUCCUGGCCAACUUUCUCACAAUGCUGCAGGCCGGGCAUCCAGCAGUUGUGGUGCCCUGUGUCAUCUUGACCCUGCUCUGUAUCGUCUGUCUCGUCAUCAUCUGCAGGCAGCCUGAAAGCAAAGAGGCUCUCAACUUCAAGGUCCCUCUGCUUCCCUGGUUGCCCCUUUUCAGUGUUUUCGUUAACAUCUACCUCAUGAUGCAGCUGGACCGGGGUACAUGGUGCCGAUUCGCCGUCUGGAUGGUUAUCGGUUUCGCCAUCUACUUCCUCUAUGGUAUUAGGAACAGCAGUGAAGCUGCCAAAAGGUCCUCCCCACGCAAAUACGAGCCCGCACCGCAGACCGAGAGGCCGAUUUACAAGGGCGCUCCUAACGACAGUGACGUGGAAGUAGGCAGCAGCCCUUGA